AAAAUGUGCGAGUGAAAAACUCCGGACCGACUGGCCGGGGCGUCAUUCCGUCACAUCCAUCCCGAGCGGCACCAGUUGGUCGCGACUGACGACGUGCCGACCAAUCGCUGCUCCGAAGUUUGUACGGAGUUUUUAAUCGCACAUUUUGGUUCUGUUUGGCUAUGUUUCAGCACGAUAGAGGUUAAACUUAGAGUACAUGACCCCCCGCUGAACCCUCGAUACUAGUACGGGGCUAUGCAUCACCAUACGAGCCCAGCGUCAGCAUUUUGCAACCUCUCAUUUUGGGCUUGUUUUGACGCCUGUCGUCUGCUCAAAUUCGCUCCACUACGCUACGCCACGCCAGCGUCAACGCUUAGCGUCAACGCUAGCGUCGAGCGUCAUCGAGCGUGAAUGCACCUUUAGGCUUCUCCUUUAAUUUAGUGAUGGUAUUCCACAUUUAAUAGCGCUGUGAAUGUCGGGGUUCGUAAGUGAGGCAACUGGACUCAUGGACGGGCACGUGGAUGAUUCAAGGGUGCGAGGAGACCUCACCGAUGAGGUUCCAGACCGUCAUCCUAGGAGGCCGAAGGAAAGGGCCCAACGGCCAAGAACAGACCAGCCCUCUGCUUUGAAUGAAGUGGGGGGAAGCAGUGUCCCAGGGCCAGGUGGGGACGUCUCUGCGGAUUGGUUAAAUGACCAAGAGGAACUCAGAUAUGGUGCCCAACAUGUCAUAAAACUCUUUGUACCCGUAUCACUGUGCAUGCUUGUUGUGGUCUCCACAAUGAGUACCAUUGGAUUCUAUUCAAGGAAAGAUGUCUUCCUUGUUUACACACCAUUUCAUGAGAAAAGUCCCCUUACCAGCACGAAAGUGUGGAAUGCCCUUGCCAAUUCUGCUAUUCUCAUGGUGGUCAUCAUUGUUCUUACAAUUGCAUUGAUUCUCCUCUACAAAUAUCGCUGCUACAUGGUGAUUCAUGGCUGGCUCAUCUUGUCAUCUUUUAUUUUGCUGUUCAUCUUUUCUUAUUUGUAUCUGGAGGAAUGUUUACGUGCUUACAAUCUUGCACUGGAUCACAUUACAGCAGUGCUUGUUCUUUGGAACUUUGGCGUAAUGGGUAUGAUUUGCAUCCAUUGGGUUGGACCUCUCAGGCUCCAGCAGGCUUACCUUAUCUUUGUCGCUGCGUUGAUGGCUUUGGUUUUCAUCAAAUAUUUACCGGAGUGGACAACUUGGGUAGUUUUGGGUGUCAUUUCAAUUUGGGAUUUAGUGGCUGUUCUAACUCCCAAAGGUCCUUUGCGUAUUUUAGUGGAAACUGCUCAAGAAAGAAAUGAAAACAUUUUCCCUGCCCUCAUUUAUUCCUCCACUGUUGUGUACAAUAUAGUAGGCACUGCUAAUAAUGAGACUACUGCCUCAUCCUCUGGAGCUCAAAUGGAUUCUCCAGGUAAAAGUCUGCCUAGUACCCAACAAGGGGAUGCUGAAAGUGGUUUUGUGCCUUCUUGGAGGGAAGAAGCCACAGAGCGUGAAGCAGCCAGGCAUAGAGCCAUCGAAGAAGAAGAGGUUCAGAUACGUCCCAGAACCACAAACCGCCAGAGUGAUGUUGCUAAUGAGUUGGGCCUGGGAGGCGGUGAUCAGGCAGGAGAGGAUCAGGGACGAGAAGCAGCGGGUCGCACCCCAUUCCGCAUUCGGGACGAUGAAGAGCGUGGUGUCAAAUUGGGCCUUGGAGAUUUCAUAUUCUACAGUGUGCUGGUUGGCAAAGCUUCAUCAUACGGAGAUUGGAAUACGACUUUUGCCUGUUUUGUGGCUAUCCUAAUUGGAUUAUGCCUGACUUUACUCCUGCUGGCAGUCUUGAAGAAAGCCCUCCCUGCUCUCCCCAUAUCUAUCACAUUUGGACUGAUUUUUUAUUUUGCUUCAUAUUUACUUAUUGCUCCAUUUGCUGACAACCUUGCUUUCCAUCAAGUGUUUAUUUGAACAUCUUAAAUCAUUCUAUUGUUUUUUAUUUAAUGUAAUUUUCUCCUCUAUAAAUACUGGUCUUUGUAUCUGCUGGCCAAAGAAUACUGUAAUCUUUUCCUUGACUCCAAAAACUUGACUUAAUAAUAAUUUAAGCAACCAAAAUGUUAAACACAAAAUAAGAAUGAGAUUUAACAAUUAUAACUUGACUACCCCAAUAAAAUUUACUAUUUAAUCUCUA